GGUUUCCGGACGAGCACAACGUUGUAACGAGUCUCUUCUAACAGUGUUUAUUUCAAGAAUAUUCCAAUAUCCAAAGAAGUCUAAUGGACAUUGACGCAGAUCCGAUGAUGACCACCGACCUCCAGGUAAACAUGGACGAGUCAACGAAUUUUGUGGAUGAAAAAAAGCAAGAACUACACCAAGCCAUAUUAAUAAUAAGGCAACUCUAUACAGUAGCUCCACAAUGUGUUCAAGUAAUUGCUCAUAAUUUGGAUUACCUAGAAUACAUUGAUAAAAGAGACAACAGAGACUUAUACGAGAUCGAAAUGAAUGCGGAAGACGGAGAAUACAAGUCGUUUGCCGAUGUGAUUACGGAAAUACGAUGUCUUUUGUUGAACUGUUACAAAUAUUUUGGCCCUAGACAUAAGACUACUUAUGCUGCUUUGAACGUUGAAAAAUUGUUGGAUGAAUGUAUUUUUUGCCUGGACGAGCGUCUAAAGAGUACAACAGAUGUUCAACAGGCGUUGGAUAUAUUUAAAACGGAGAAGACUUACGACUAUAAAUACUUAUACCCUAAAGACCAUUAUGAUUCAAAGUUAUUAAAAAGUGUCGCUCAUUGUCGUCCAGAACGAUUGAAGAUAUAUCAUAACGCUAUUGAGGAUAAGAUUGCCCUAACUGAGAAAAGUGUUAUGUUAUUAGAAGAACUAAAUAGAAGGAAAAAUGAAAUCGAUUUUGAAUGCCACAGUCAAUAUGUAACUUCAAUGUGGGAGUUGGCUGAAAUCGGAAACUUCGUAUCUGCUCUUGCUGGGACUUUUCAUAUCGGAGAUGUAUAUCAAGGCGAAAUCGAAGGGAUGUUUUUGAUACCUAAAGAGUCGACGUUAAUGAGUAAAAUAAUGACAUUAUUGUUGGGGCCGAUGAGCGGUAAGAGAUGUAUCAAUAAUUUAAUGUCAUACAAAGUUUGGACCGAGAAAUUGUCGAAAAAAAUAUCGAGUUGGUUUGAAGUUUACCACGAAAAGGACCAAGGCAAAGCUAAGGUUUUCAAAGAAUUCGGCAUCCAUCGAGAUUUUUGGACUGUCGUGGGCGACAAGAACCCAUUAAUCGAUAAAGAAUAUUUUGAAUUGCCAUACUUGGUUAAAGUCUGGUUACUUAAAGGACUGUGCGAUCAUGUACUGUUUAAAUAUAAAAGUAUGAAGGACAUUGUUGUAAAAUGUAAAGAAGAGAAAUGUACAGUAUGGAAAAGCAAUGAUGGUACCGAAGAGUAUUUUUACUUCAGUAUAAUGCCCGAUCUGCGACUGUACUAUCAUAAAACUUCCAAUGAUAAGAAGUUCGAUGGCGGUCUUAAAGGAGAACCAUUUGAAAACAGAGAUCUGGAAGACGAAUUGCCUAGGCUCAAAGGCAUAUGUAAAACGUUUCGAUCGAGAUCCCAGUUCAAACCUAACGAAGAUAAUUUCAAAAUGAUAGCCAACACUGUGCAAGGAGUCCGUACGCUUAUCGAGGAAUCCGUAGCCGAGGGAAACCCUGAGAGGUUGAAAAGCACGAAUACAAUUAUCUAA